AUGAGAGAUGCCGACAUGGAUCCAGUAGUACAUCGACACCCCAGCAGGCCUGGUCCUCAAUCACCACCGCCAGCUUCAGCUCCAAACAACAAAUUUGGAUCCAAGUUCAGUUCUCGAGAUGUUGCGAUGAAACACGAUCAGAUUAAUAAAGGUUAUGACAACGACGACCACGACCGCGUUCGCGAUCGCAGGGAUCGAGAUAGAUUUGAUUCAGACCGUCGAGUCUCAGUUAUCAAUUCCCACUCUAGGCCACCUGCAUCGCGAUCUCAGUCACCCGCUUCCCGCCGCCGAGAAGGCUACGGUGUCAGGACUGGGAAUACGCGCGACGAACCAUUCCCGCGGCAGAACGAUAGGUUUUACAAGUCCGAUGUAAAUCAACGUGGUCGAUCGCAAGAUCGAAAUAGGAACCUAGAGGACGACGGCUCUCGCGAGGUCAAGGAUCGCCCUUUGCGGGACCAUAGUAGGCACCGCAACAUACCUACGUCUCCUAGACACGGUCCGAGGAGUAACGAUUACGCGAGUCACGGUGCUAGAGGCCGAUCCUUUUCGCCAACAUCCAGAAAAAGACGGAGGAGCCGAAGCCCGCUCCCCUUUCCACCUUCGCGGCCCAAGAAAUCUCGGCGCGAGCGUGAACGUGACCGCCGACGUCGAGCAGAACGGGCGGAAAGGGUAGAGAGAGAUCAGCCGAAAAGUUCAAUUCCUGCAUCCUCUCAUAGACGUUCUCUCUCACCCCCUUACGAGAACGAGUCUCACUCUAGGCGUGCCGACCGUAGCGAACUAUUUGAGCCGCGACGAAAUCACCAUCGUAGUCGUUCGCCGGCUCGUGGAGAUAAUUUUGAACAGGAUCCUUCCCUUCCUCCACCUCAUCCGAGGGGAGACUCUCAAAACCGAGGUCGCAGUCGUUCUCAGCGUUCCAAUUCCCGGCAGUCAUCUUUCUCACGUACACAUUCGCCACCCCGUCCACUUGAACAACAGCACCACGGUUCAUCGGACGCCGGCUCACGAUCACGUCGGUCGUCUCCUGUUUUUGAACCCCCUAGACCUGAUUUUCCGCCUAGGUCACCUAGAGAGCGCGGAUCUCGCCGUUCUCGCAAAAAGGGCAAGCACCGUGAAGACUCUAAAUUCCCUCCUGGGGGUCAGUUAGCGUCUGGUGCAAACAGCAUCGAAGUCAAUAUGUCUAGGCGAUUAGAGCACCGAGGUACUCCUAAUACGCAAGCGCCUCCUACUCGCCCCGGAAAUUCUCAAUAUAACGAUCGUCGGCCUGUUCACUCAGCCCGCUCACCGCUACGCCCUAACUCGGGCUCAUCUUUCCAUGGUUCUCCGACAUCACAAUCACCGUAUGGUAGUGGUAGAGCGGCUUGGAGUAAUCAACGCCAAGGCUCACCCCAUAGUCAGUAUUCUACGCAGCGUCCUCGAAGUAGUCAUGGACCUCCUACCGGCCCCUCAGCCCAGUCACCUCAGCCGCCUACCGGGCCUAUGUCCCAAUCUUACCCUCACAACCGUAAUUUUUCUAGAGGGAGCUUCCGAGGUAGCUCACACCCUACUCGAGGUAAUUAUCGGAAUGUAGGGGGUGUUCAAAAUGCUCAGCGACCAGGCGUUGGUAGAGGCAUCCCCAGUCAUUCCAGAGAGAAUACUCCUCAACAUCACCAUAGUCCACCGCAUUCAACUUCAAAUCAUUCAGAUCUAACUGGAGCAAAGGAAGAGAGAGAUGAUGACAAUAAUGCGUCUAGAGCAUCAAAAACCCACAAUGAAGAUUCGUUAUUGGAGAAGAAUACUAAUGAGCAGAUGCCUCCGCCUCGACCCCCUCCCUCAGCUCCGACGGGUCCUGCAAGUUCAAAAUUCAGCUUUGCAUUUAAGGCAACAAAUAAAACACCUGUCGCGACCCCAAAGCCAGAAAUCUCUCAAAAGUUCAACACGGCUCCUAAAAAAGAGCCACCCCCACACGCUGAUGAUCGAGAUCGAGACCGUUACCGAGACCGCGAGCGAGAGCGAGAGCGAGAACGGGAGCGCGAGCGGGAUAGAGAGCGAGAGCGAGACCGUGAGAGGGAGCGUGAAAGGCAGCGCGAGCGCGACCGGGAUCGGGAUCGGGACUUACCUCGAGAUACUCCGAGGGAGCCCGCUUCUGCAAGAGCAAGGUCGGAUUAUCAUGCUAAUCGAGUUCCUCCUGAGUUACCAAGGACGCGGAAGGUGAAGAGGAUACAACGAAGAUUGAAACCCAAGCCUGAAUUACCAACAGACCUCGCUGCAUCAGAUUCGGUGUUCUUCAGGAAGCCUGGCAACGAGUCAGUUGUGGGAUCAGGUACAUACGGCAAAGUCUUCAAGGGCCUCCACGUGUAUACCAAGAGGCUUGUUGCUCUGAAAAAAAUACGCAUGGAAGGAGAAAGAGAUGGAUUCCCGGUUACCGCGGUGCGGGAAAUCAAGCUUCUCCAAUCCCUGAAACACCGAAAUAUCGUUACCUUACAGGAAGUUAUGGUUGAGAAGAACGAUUGUUUCAUGGUUUUUGAGUAUAUGUCUCACGACCUUACGGGCUUGUUAAAUCAUCCAUCGUACAAACUUGAUGCGGCACAAAAGAAGCACCUUGCUCUACAGAUAUUCGAAGGCCUAGAUUAUCUGCACAAACGAGGGGUACUGCACCGCGACAUAAAGGCAGCUAAUAUACUUGUUAGCAGUGACGGCGUCUUAAAACUAGCAGACUUUGGCCUGGCACGUUUCUACGCAAAACGUCACCAACUCGACUAUACGAACCGAGUUAUUACUAUUUGGUACAGAUCUCCCGAACUAUUACUUGGCGAGACGCAGUAUGGUGCUGCCGUGGACAUCUGGAGCGCAGCAUGUGUCAUGGUGGAAAUUUUCACACGCCAUGCCAUCUUCCCCGGAGAUGGUGGUGAGAUCAACCAGCUAGAGAAGAUAUACGCUGUGCUCGGUACGCCGAAUAAGAAUGAUUGGCCUGCACUUAUCGAUAUGCCCUGGUUUGAGCUACUGAGGCCUGGGUAUCGACGGCCUAACCUCUUUGCUGAGAAAUACAAGGAACGAGUUCCAGCAGCUGCCUUCGAACUGCUUGCUGCCAUGUUUCAGUACGAUCCAGUGAAACGUCCGUCUGCGGCAGAAGUUUUGGAGCAUCCUUACUUCACGACAGAGCAGCCUCCUGCAAGGCAAGCUAUUGAACUACGUGAUCUCGAGGGCGAAUGGCACGAAUUCGAGUCGAAGGCACUGCGCCGGGAGAAGGAAAAGCAGGAGCGAGACGCACGGCGUGCUGCUAAAGAAGGCAGUAGCCGUGAUAAGGAUAAGAAACGGCCACCGUCAACCCAUGAGUCCCAACGAGACAGCAAACGCCCGCAUGUUGACGGGCGGCCACCUACACUAGGUCGAGCUUCAAGCUCCAAUGUUGUACAGUCCGGCGAACCUGUAGCGAGCGAAACGGCACUAGAGUAG